GCUUUGUCCUUUAUGGCGGGGGAAACUGAUUGAGGAGCGGCUGUGGAACUGAUGUCGGUGCCAUUGUGCGGGGGUGAUCUCGGUGCAUGCUGGGGGAUUGUGUGAGUCGGGUGGGAAUACAUUGUCAUGCCCAAUCCCCAGCGGAACCAGUUGGUGGAUGCACCGGGGAUGCUGGGAGCUGUAGUUCAACUGGACAAACCUUCUUUGUUCCGAAAUGCAAGGGACACACCUCUCCGCGCCCUGUCAUUAUUCCUGCGUGUCAUUAUUCCUGCGUGUCAUGAGAGGGGCCCGUGGGGUCAGACAGCAGCCGGGGAGUCCCAGUUACAGGUCUAUUCGGUGCAUGAUGAUGAUGAUGAUGAUGAAGGGCUGUAGCGAUGAUAAUAACAUCCUGCAAUUAUACAGUGUAAAGGCAAAGUACAAACACGUCUUUAAUUUCGCCCCAUUGCAAGUAACCCCCCCCCCUUCCAGUACCCAUUGUAAUGACUCAGUCAGCAGAUGGGCAUGACAUGGGCAAGUCUAUCCAGGCGGGGGUGAUGGGCAGGUCCCACUCACAUUCAAGGAGAACACAGUGCCUCCAUAAUGGAGGUGGAUAUUAAUGGAGUUAAUAGGACUAACAAUUCCGUUCCCAGUACAGCAGAAGGGAGUUCUCCAUCCAAGCCAGAUCCAGAGAAACCUCGUUGCUCUAGCACCCCUUGUUCUCCAAUUCGCCGGACUGUGUCCGGCUACCAGAUCCUGCACAUGGAUGCCAAUUUCUUGGUUGGGUUUACCACCGGUGAAGAGCUUUUAAAAUUAGCUCAGAAAUGUGCAACCACUGAAGAAAAUCCUGGUGAGUCAUUGCCACCUUUACGCACCAAGCAGUUGGAAUCUGGACUUUCUCGCUCCUCUCGGAUAUACAAAGCUAGAGGGCGGCAAUACCAGCCGUAUGAAAUCCCAGCCGUCAACGGAAGGAGACGAAGGCGAAUGCCAAGCUCAGGUGAUAAGUGCAAUAAAGCUGCUCCAUAUGAACCUUACAAAGCUGUCCAUGGUCCUUUGCCACUUUGUCUACUUAAAGGUAAAAGAGCCCACUCAAAGUCUUUGGACUACCUCAAUCUAGAUAAAAUGAACAUCAAGGAGUCUGCCGACACGGAAGUGUUACAGUAUCAGCUUCAGCACCUUACUCUGAGAGGGGAUCGUGUGUUUGCCAGGAAUAAUACAUGAAGAUGCUCGAGUCAUUUAGCUAGAAUAAGUCCACAUCACUGCACAGAGAAUCACUGGUCAAAACGAUAUUGUGCUAUACUAUGUGUAUAAUAGGAUUUUCCUUGCAGUGGAGGCAAGCUAAGGUUAUAUUAUCUACAGUGCUGCAACUCAACACAACUGGAAACCAGGUAGAUCUGGAAUAUGGAACAUCGUUUCUAUCACUAGGUGAUUAGGGGAUUGUUUAAGAUUCAGCAGCUGAUCAAGCCGUUCCGAAAAGCGUUCUCCUGGAUUUCGACAGCACCUUAAUAACUACUAUAUAUGAUUUGCUGCAGGCAGGGGAAUAUCCUUUAAUAAUUCCUAUUUAAGCCCCAAUGAAUUUUACACUAGGAAUAAUAAUGUGGUCGUGAAGUGGAGUUUAGUAUUGAUUUAUAAUAUAUGUUGGUGAAUAAGUCAUUUUUCAUUGACUAUGUUUUUGUUAAUAAUUUUAGUCAUCAAAAAAAGCUAAUUUGGGCCAUUUCAGAGUUAGGCGGAUGAUGAUUUACCGUAGCGCAGUUGUGUACAAUAUACCCAGCACCCUUGAUCUUGAUUGAACUUGGUUUGUUUUAUGUGUGGCUGUUGUUCUCUCCUUUAUGAAUUCAGGUUGUUUCUAAUUAAUCCAUCGUUAUUGAAAUUCGUAAAUGAAUCACUAAAUAUGUGGAUCUAAUCAGCAUAUAUGUAUUUGUACAUAAACUACAUUAGCAGGAGUAGACAAUGGACUAUGACACAGUUUUGAAGAUCAAACCAAUCUACCAAGAGGCUGUUGAUGAGAAUAUGGGCUUCUAAGGCCUACUGCACACUGGCAGUUUUAUUUACAUGGCCGCCAGUCAGACAGUCUAAUUACACUUUCACCAAGGCUUAAGGAAUCCAUGCUCUCGGCCCAUAAAUAGCAUAAGGGGAUGCCGCAUGCACCAGCUUCCAUCUCUCUAUGUUCAUCUAAAGUCACAUUAAUACUGCUUGUGACCAGUUGGUUCCGUUGGAAACCAAAUGUACAAAUUGCAUCUGACUGCUUUGAAUAGUAAUUGCAUGCCGUGCGAUCACUCUAAUACCUAGGAGACCUGAACAUGUUCUUUAUUUACAAGGCCCCAUUCUGUCAAUGAGAUCCUUUGGCUUUUUUUUGCAUUUCAUAAGAAUACCCAUAACAAUAUAUGCAUUUGUAAUGCCUUCAUAACUAGGGACAUAUGAACUCAAUGCGUAUCCCUAUCUGAGUAGGUGCAGCAAUUUACUAUAAGGCCAUUGUUUCCAUUUUCUGUGCAGAUUAGAGUAAAGCCACGCGCCACUCUCAUGACCUCACUCAUGACCUCACUCUCAUGACCUCACUCUCAUGACCUCACAUGUACAAGAUGGUUAAUUCAUGGCUCAUUUAUGGGCCAAUGUGAACCAAAGAGGCUGUCUGUUUAGGAAGGGACCUGCCAUUGCAUUGGGAUUAUUUAUUUCUCCCACUCGAUAGACAGUCCUUCUAACAUUCCCUGUAAAGGGAAAAACAACUGUCUAGAAGGAUAAACAGCCAAAGCCACAAACUCACUGUCAGUGAGUCAAACAACUGUGCUAAAGUUUCAGCCAGGAAAAUGAACGUGAUUUGUAUAUUUGCUAAUAAACUUCGGAUGCGCUUGUUCUCUCUCCUGUCCCAGCUGUCACUAUAAUGUAACAGAAUUUGGUUUGCUGUAACAUUUUAGCUCUAAAUUAUAGAUCAACAUGCUUUUAGAACAGUAAAACAUCCCAUUAGAGGCAAUUUAUUUCUGGUUUAAGACGCGCUGUUAUUUGACAGAAAUGAAGUCGUGCCUGGUUGUCAGGAUAAAUAAUUGUUGUACUUGCAGCCCAAUCAACAGUCAAUCUAUACACCAGGCAAUAGGACUGUUUAAAGACUUUAAUAUUGCAGGAAUAUCACAGAGACUAAUUGCAUCUAUACUUUCUAGACCAGGGUUCCUUUUACCAACAUGUGCGCUGCUUUAAGCAUCAGGCUCUACCUCCUAAUUGUUACAAAGCAACGGAAAUUACACUGGAAACAUGGGCUCAUUUACUUACAGAGUGCAAAAAAAUGGCUGCCAUGUUUGGACCCAUCGUGCCACCUUCUUUGCUUAAAUCUGAGCUUAGCUGCAUGAUUCCUAAGGAGCAGUUGGCACCUACAAGCAGAGAGGCGGCACAUGGCUGUGCAUUUACUUACCCUUACAUUGCAAAAUACAAAUGGCGCCCUAUGUGUCUAUCCUGGUCAAGCCACGUGUUCGAUACAGGGAUCCCGUGGUCCAGAUUGCACUGUGCCUUGUGCACAAAAAUAGGCACAACCCGCAAAUAGGAACAGGGUGAGUACAUAGCAAAUUGUGUUUUAAUGUGGCAAUUAAAGUAAAUGAUUUCGACAUUGUUGUAUGUAAAUGAACAACACAUGUUUCCCCACACGUUGUAUUCAAAAGCUGAAUAACGGGGGAGCUCAAAGGUUGAUCUGAUCUGUGUGUGAUGGGAUCUUCCGCAUCCGCUUAUCAGCAAUACAUCUACUAGGAAACCCUGAUCAUCCUACUGGCCCUCCAUGUUCCGGAUAUUAUUUUCUGCCUCUAACUGGGACAGAGAAAGAUCAUUUGUUGAUGAGCGACCCCUUCCUUUAGGCUUAGCCAGCUGCUGACUGAAUGUGAUGGGUGCUUUAAAUAAGACAUGUAAUGAUUCUCCCAAUAUCUGACUAUAAAUGGACACUUUAAAAAAAAUUUAAAAAAAAAAACCAUUGACCUUAUGCUGAUUAGAUCCAUAUUUUGCCCUGCUAAACUAUUUGAGUCAUGGGUUUUAAUGAAACUGCUGAGCAAGUUGCUAACAUAAUCUGAAAUGAAGAAUCUGUUUGGUCUUUUUGUUUUUUAAUUUUUUUAAAUCCAUGUAUUUCUGUUCACUGAAAAGGAAGCAACCACUUUUGGUAGAUCUCUAGCUUCUGUCAAUGUACAGGUUUGGUGUUCAUGAUUUUCUUGCAUCCUCUUCUUAAAUCUAUAAGCACUGGAAACUGAUAGAAGCUGAUUUAAAGACUAAUGAAGUUGCAGAGUUUGCACGAGGUCUAGUAAACCUAUAGCAAGCAGUGAUCUUUGUGUAAAUUCUACCCGCUCAUGGGUUGCUACAGGACCUUGUACAAACCUUUAAGAUUUUUAUUUCUUAAAUAUGGUGGAAUAGAGUAGGAGGAGGGUAAGGUACAGGAUAUUUACUUUGCUUUAGAUGAGCUCUAUAACAAUCUAUAUACAUUGCACUAAGAAUACUGCAGGAAGGAUAGUGGGAUUAACCAGGCAGCCUGCUGUCUGUGCUGCUCUAUAACAUAGCCAUACACUAGGCGUAUCUCUUCUUUCUAGCUGUUUCAUAUAAUGGUUGCACUGAUCGUUCUUUUACGGUGAGACUAGCUCGGGCUCACUUCUGGGAAUAUGAUCUUUUGACUGACAGAAUAAACAUUCUAUAAUCGUAUUCAAGCAUGCCUUUGUAGCAGUGGGUUCGUUUCCCGCUUGUGUCUAGAAUCAAUAAAGCUAAAUUAUUACA